AUGACUGAAUUAUCCAAUUAUCAACUUCCACUUUCAUCACCUAAUGGUUUUGUUUCUAAUGUUGUUAAUAUCGCGAGAUUGGUUCAUUCAGAAUUAUAUUCUGAAAACAAGUUUACUCGAAAAAACAUAAUACAAAAGUGUUUUGACGCUCAAGCUGUAUUCGAGAAUCCACUUUUAGUAGCGUCGUCCCAUUUAGAGAUCAUCAACUUCUUUUCGAUGUUGUCUGCCUCAAUUUCGACCGAAAUCAAUAAUAUUACCUGUUCAGAAAUAAUCGGAAAUCAUCAUAUUGUGUUCAUUGAUUCCAUAAUUAGUUUAAGAAUUAUAUCAAAAUUUGAAUUUAAUGAACAACUUAAAAUUGUAAGACUUGAAGAUGUAUGGAGUUUAAAGGAUUUAAUUGAAUCAGUACCAAUAAUUGGGUGGUUAUAUGCAGAAUUAGCUAGGAAAGCUACGGGGUGGAUGAGUAAUGGGAUUGUGAUGUUGACUCAAGAAAUGACCGAAUCAUUAGAAGAGAAGAAUAUUUAA